AUGUCCUGCUCUGAUUUCGCCCAAGGCUCGGCACUCAUGGAUCCACGUCCUACCGCUUCACCCCCGGCGCUCGCGGUGGGAAAUAAUGGCAGCAGCAGCAUAAACAACAGCAACAGCCACAUGAAGACCUAUGUCUUCGUCGACGAAUACAACCGACACAAGCGGUUAAAGGUGAUGCGAGCCUGCGAUGGCUGCAGAAAACGCAAGAUCCGAUGCGAUGGCGCACUUCAAAACGGCCCUUGGCCGUGUGGUGCAUGCGUUCGACUCAAACUAAAAUGCGUGCCUCCCACCCUCGACGGCGAUGAGGACCAGCAGCAGGCUCUGGAUGGCUUCUCCUCUUCAUAUCAAUAUUCUUUCCAGGGCUCGCCGCCUAUAGAGCCCGACGCAUUCGCCGAUGACAGCCCCCCGCCGCAUGCCGCCCCCUCCCAAGAAUGGAACAUGGGCGGCACGCAAGGCGCAGGCAUGAGCACGAUGGGUCCCACCUCUGCACCUGCCUUUCCAGCUGCGAUGGAUCCCACUGCCGCCUACCCCUCGCACCACGUCUUUCCUCAGCACCUUAACGCUCCCCUGGAUCCCAUGUACCCCGAUGACGACUUUUUCACUUCAACCGCCACUUCCGCCACCUCUCCGUCGAACCAAGUCCCUACGCCGAACCAGGGCCGCGCCUCCGCCGUCUCCCCCAGCUCGGGUGGCGACCCUGACGAAGUAGAUGCAACCAUUCGAGAGGUCUCCGAGCAAAUGGGCGGCCUUCACAUCGACCUGAACUCGGUUCCCAAUUACAUUGCCAAUGAAAAGAAGAUGCUUGCUGAGACGCCAGCGCUCGAGGAGCCUGAGAUGGCUCUACCGCCUUCCCUCAGCACUGAUGCUACUCUCAGAAUCCCCCCGGAAAUGAUGCCCAGCGAGGAGCGAGCUCUCGAUUACUUUGGCUAUUAUUUCGAUUACGUCCACCCAUAUGUCCCGGUUCUGAACCGCGAGAAGUUCUACGAUCAAUGGCGCACCGCUCGGGCCACAAUUUCUCCCCUGAUUCUUGAAGGAAUAUUUGCCUGCGUCACACACUACCUCGAGGACCCGCUGGAAGUGCGGAGAUGGCUGGCUCUGGCAUCCAAACACGAAGAUGGCUUCAAAGAUGCCCCGCGACUGAGUACCGUGCAAGGUCGCAUGAUCAUCCUGAAAGCCCGCGAGGCUGGGGCGCGAAGAGGCUACUAUUAUCGUUCGUGGAUGGAUCUCAAAUUCACGGCCAACAUGGCUAUCGAUCUCGGCCUCGAUGAGCAUUACGACCAACACCGGGACGGCAAUAACUCGUGUCAGCUCAGCCGAUCGGAGUGCCACGUACGGACGCGCAUAUGGAACACCCUCUUCCUUCUCGAAGUCUUCAUGGGCGGAACUCAAGGGCGAAGCGACUAUUCGGUGGCUAUCGACACGGUCGACUUUUCCAUGCCCACGCCUUGUCCAGACGUCAGCGACUUCGACUACCAAUCCUCAAGGCGCUUGAGCUGCUUCAACCGCGUGAUCGGGCUUGCCAAACGUUCACAUAACAUGUGGCUGGAGAUGCGCAAGAACAAAGACAUGGCACUCGACCCGGCGUUUGUGCAACAUAAUGCCAACAUUCGCGAGUGGCCUCACCAGCUGCCUCCUGAUAUGAAUCUGGAGUACACCACCCCGGACGGGCCGGUGGCUUUGAAUGGCAGGCACUACGUCGCGAACAUGCACAUAUACUACCAGCUGCUGGUGAUUUUGCAUCACAGACCGCAGCUGCAAGCGAUGCUCGAGCAUCGAAACCCGGGCUUCCAGCGACAUAUGGACGACUGCAAUGAAGCCGCAUCGAUCAUUUGUCGCCUGCAAGAAGCCCUGCAUCGCGACUUCGGACUGCAUGGAUUGCAGUUUAUGCAGAGGGGUCUGGGAUUCACCAUCUAUGGCAUCCUGACAAGCACGAUGCUGCAUUUGGCUACCAUUACCGCACCCGAUGCCGUGACCAAUGCCCGCGCACGCAUGUACUUCACGCGACACAUGCGCCUCUUGGAGUAUUGUCUUCCCAGUGCCCGGCCGGAGCUGCAGCCGCAGAUUAAUGCACUCCGGGAGGCGUUUAGCCAGGACUUGACCAAGCCCUUUGAGCUGAGAGCCGGCCUCAGCCCCCGAAGUCCCCCACGAGACAAUCAAUCAGCAUCGCCGCCUUUCUCCCAGCAGGACAACAGGAGUGCGCCAUCCAUGGAGACCGCGGAGCCGUGGACCAAUAUCUCCAACUACACCUCCUCUUCAAGGACGGCGAGCGAUGCUAGUCAGUACAGCACGGCAUUCGACGACAUGUCCGCGCAACCCGGGAUGCCAUACCCGGGUACCGAUUUCAGCAUCCCCACCGCCAUGUCCUCGUACCCGACCGCCCCCAUCCAUCUCCACCAACAACCCACCUCCGCUCCCCAACAAUCAGGCUACGCCCUCGAACAAGUCAACAGCAACGACCGCACAACCCAAAUCUGGGACCCAUCCGGCAUCUUCAGCCAAUGGAACGCAGCCUUCGGCCAACCCCCGCCGCCCUCUUCCGCAGGCAAUGGAGCCGUCAUGCCACAUCAACAACAGCAUCAACAGCAACAGCAACAACGACCAGCACCAACUUCCAACCCCAUCCAACAGCCCCGCCUCUCCACCCCCCCAGCCUCGGCCAUGGCCCCGCCACCCCACCCGCAAACGUCGCCUAUGCAUCACCCCUCCGCUGCGGGCUAUAAUCAGCCCUUGACCCCCGAAAUGGGCAUGCCCACCGUCACGCCCGUCAUGUGGCAAGACGUCUUCUCCUCGGCGUACGCAACUGGCCAAGGGCGGAAGCGGAAUCGACAGGAGAGCGUGGAUAUGAGUAUGUUCAACCAGUAUCAGGAUCGCAGGGGGUGA